UUCUUUUCUUCCGGGAAGAAGGAGUUGCUUAUAUGUUCACAGGAAUGCAUAUACACACACACACACACACACACACAAUGAUCUCUUUAGGUAGAGAAAUACUUGCAGGAGUGUCAGAAAACUGGGCUGUAAUGUUUUUUCAACAUUAUUAUUUGACCUGUUACUCAAGAUGCGAUGAUUCCGUAUCUCAAAGAAACACAGAGAAAUACUAAAAAACUACUUUACGUUCAAAAGACUUUCGGUUUGAGUAAGUGAACAAAACGGCGCUUCCUUUCCAAGACUGGCUAGUUUCUUCCCUAACAAACCAACUUCCGGGAUACGUUAAGAACCUUCUUCAGACUUCCAUUUCCGUUGGCUUGUUGCCCUGGGAACAAGAACACUCAACAACCUUGACAGUUAUGGCGGGGCUGAGCAGCUCACAGAUCCCCGACGGUGAGUUCACGGCGGUGGUGUACAGGCUCAUCCGCGACUCCCGCUACUCCGAGGCGGCCCAGCUGCUGGGCGCAGAGCUGCAGAGGAGCCCCCGGAGCCGCGCCGGGCUGUCGCUGCUGGCCUACUGCUACUAUCGCCUGCAGGAGUUCGAGCUUGCUGCAGAGUGCUAUGAGCAGCUGAGCCAGAUGCACCCCGAGCUCGAGCAGUACCGCCUGUACCAGGCCCAGGCGCUCUACAAGGCCUGCCUGUAUCCGGAGGCCACCCGGGUCGCCUUCCUCCUGGACAACCCCACCUUCUAUAGCCGGGUCCUUCGCCUACAGGCAGCUAUCAAGUACAGCGAGGGGGACCUGCCAGGAGCCAGGAGCCUGGUGGAGCAGCUGCUGAGUGGGGAAGCUGGAGAAGACAGUGGAGGGGAGAAUGACCCAGAUGGUUUAGUUAACCUGGGUUGUCUGCUCUACAAGGAGGGACACUAUGAAGCUGCCUGUGGCAAGUUCUUUGCAGCUUUGCAGGCUUCUGGCUACCAGCCUGAUGUAUCUUACAACCUGGCUUUAGCUUGUUACAGCAAUAGGCAUUAUGCCCCUGCUCUCAAGCAUAUCGCCAAUAUCAUUGAGCGAGGCAUCCGUCAACACCCAGAACUAGGUGUGGGCAUGACCACCGAAGGCAUUGAUGUUCGCAGUGUUGGCAACACUGUGGUCCUCCACCAGACUGCUCUGGUCGAAGCCUUCAACCUCAAAGCAGCCAUAGAGUACCAGCUCAGAAACUAUGAGGCAGCCCAGGAAGCCCUCACUGACAUGCCACCCAGGGCAGAGGAAGAGUUGGACCCCGUGACCCUGCACAACCAGGCCCUGAUGAACAUGGAUGCCAGGCCUACAGAGGGGUUUGAAAAGCUCCAGUUUCUGCUCCAGCAGAACCCCUUCCCCCCAGAGACCUUUGGCAACCUGCUGCUGCUGUACUGCAAAUAUGAGUAUUUUGACCUGGCCGCUGAUGUCCUAGCAGAAAAUGCCCACUUGACCUACAAGUUCCUCACACCCUACCUCUAUGACUUCUUGGAUGCCAUGAUCACUUGCCAGACAGCUCCUGAAGAGGCUUUUGUUAAACUUGAUGGGCUAGCUGGCAUGCUGACUGAGCAGCUCCGGAGACUCACUAAACAAGUUCAAGAAGCAAGACAUAACAGAGAUGAUGAAAUUGUCAUAAAGGCUGUGAAUGAAUAUGAUGAAACUCUUGAGAAGUAUAUCCCUGUCCUGAUGGCCCAGGCGAAAAUCUACUGGAAUCUUGAA